GGCUCCGACCUUGCUGCGGCGCAGCCGGGCGGGAGGCGGGAGGAGCGACGGGAGGACUGUUUGCAGCGCCGCGCCGGGCGCGGUCUCCAAUGAGCAGCGCGGAGCCUGCGCAUCCGACGACCCGAGUCCUCUGCGCCCCUUCCCCGCGGCUCACCUGGUGCCAGGUAGGGUAACAGGUCUGGCCUCGCCUGGUGGACAAUGGCCUUGCCCCCAUGAGCUAGAACCUGCCCCUCAGCACCUGUCCGCCUCCAGCCUGCAGGAUGCAGCUGUGGAAGGCCGUGGUGGUGACGCUGGCCUUCAUGAGUGUGGACAUUGGUGUGACCACAGCCAUCUACGUCCUCAGUCACCGGGACCGCAGCCUGCUGGAGGACAUCCGCCAUUUCAAUGUCUUUGACUCGGUGCUGGACCUCUGGGCCGCCUGCCUGUACCGCAGCUGCCUGCUGCUGGGUGCCACCAUUGGCGUGGCCAAGAACAGUGCCCUGGGGCCCCGGCGGCUGCGGGCCUCAUGGACGGUCAUUGCCCUUGUGUGCCUCUUUGUGGGCAUCUACGCCAUGGUCAAACUGCUACUCUUCUCUGAGGUGCGCAAGCCAGUCCGGGACCCGUGGUUCUGGGCCCUCUUUGUGUGGACUUAUAUCUCGCUCGCUGCCUCCUUCCUUCUCUGGUGGCUACUGUCCACCGUGCGGCCGGGCACCAAAGCCCUCGAGCGAGGUGCAGGUGCCGAAGCCGAGGCUUUCCCUGCAGAGGGCCAGCGCCCACCUGAGCAGGCCUCGGGGGCCACGCUGCAGAAGCUGCUGUCCUACACCAAGCCCGAUGGGGCCUUCCUCGUGGCCGCCUCCUUCUUCCUCAUCAUUGCAGCUCUGGGGGAGACCUUCUUACCCUACUAUACCGGCCGGGCCAUCGAUGGCAUUGUCAUCCAGAAGAGCAUGGAGCAGUUCAGCACGGCCGUCAUCAUCAUGUGUCUGCUGGCCAUCGGCAGCUCGUUUGCCGCAGGUAUUCGGGGCGGCAUUUUUACCCUCAUAUUUGCCAGACUGAACAUUCGCCUUCGAAACCGUCUCUUCCGCUCACUGGUGUCCCAGGAGACAAGCUUCUUUGAUGAGAAUCGCACAGGGGACCUCAUCUCCCGCCUCACCUCGGAUACCACCAUGGUCAGUGACCUGGUCUCCCAGAACAUCAACAUCUUCCUGCGGAACACUGUCAAGGUCACGGGCGUGGUAGUCUUCAUGUUCAGCCUCUCGUGGCAGCUCUCCCUUGUCACCUUCAUGGGCUUCCCCAUCAUCAUGAUGGUGUCAGACAUCUAUGGCAAAUACUACAAGAGGCUCUCCAAAGAGGUGCAGAAUGCCCUGGCCAGGGCCAGCAACACAGCUGAGGAGACCAUCAGUGCCAUGAAGACAGUCCGGAGCUUUGCCAACGAGGAGGAGGAGGCAGAGGUGUACUUGAGGAAGCUGCAGCAAGUGUACAAGCUGAACAGGAAGGAGGCAGCGGCUUACACCUACUACGUCUGGGGCAGCGGGCUUACGCUGCUGGUGGUCCAGGUCAGUAUCCUCUACUACGGGGGCCACCUCGUCAUCUCAGGGCAGAUGACCAGCGGCAACCUCAUCUCUUUCAUCAUCUAUGAGUUUGUCCUGGGAGACUGCAUGGAGUCCGUGGGCUCCGUCUACAGCGGCCUGAUGCAAGGAGUGGGGGCUGCUGAGAAGGUGUUCGAGUUCAUUGACCGGCAGCCAACCAUGGUGCAUGAUGGGAACUUGGCUCCCGACCACCUGGAGGGCCGGGUGGACUUUGAGAACGUGACCUUCACCUACCGCACUCGGCCCCACACCCAAGUCCUGCAGAAUGUCUCCUUCAGCCUGUCCCCAGGAAAGGUGACUGCGCUUGUGGGGCCGUCAGGAAGUGGCAAGAGCUCCUGCGUCAACAUCCUGGAGAACUUCUACCCCCUGGAGGGGGGCCGCGUGCUGCUGGAUGGGAAACCCAUCAGCGCCUAUGACCACAAGUACUUGCACCGUGUGAUCUCCCUGGUGAGCCAGGAGCCAGUGCUGUUUGCCCGCUCCAUCACAGACAACAUUUCCUAUGGCCUGCCCACUGUGCCCUUUGAGAUGGUGGUGGAGGCUGCACAGAAGGCCAAUGCCCAUGGCUUCAUCAUGGAGCUCCAGGAUGGCUACAAUACAGAGACAGGGGAGAAGGGCGCUCAGCUGUCAGGAGGCCAGAAGCAACGGGUGGCCAUGGCCCGGGCUCUGGUGCGGAACCCACCUGUCCUCAUUCUGGAUGAAGCCACCAGUGCCCUGGAUGCAGAGAGCGAGUACCUGAUCCAGCAGGCCAUCCACGGCAACCUGCAGAAGCACACGGUGCUCAUCAUCGCACACCGGCUGAGCACGGUAGAGCGGGCGCAUUGCAUUGUGGUGCUGGACAAGGGCCGUGUGGUGCAGCAGGGCACCCAUCAGCAGCUGCUGGCUCAGGGCGGCCUCUAUGCCAAGCUCGUUCAGCGGCAGAUGCUGGGGCUCGAGCCCGCCUCAGACUACACAGCCUGCCACAAGGACCCCUCCAGCAAUGGCAGUCACAGGGCCUGACCCCACCUUUGCCUCCCCCAGGGCACAGGCCCUCCCACCUGGUAGCUGUGCCCCUGAGCCCCCCCUCCCCCGCCUUCUGGCUCGGGCCAGGGCACUGAGGGAGACCUGCCUUGUUCCCCACGUCACUGCUUCCUGCAUUUUGCCCCUGGUUCCCACCCUCAGCCACCCCCUCCAGUCUGGGUAAUGAGGACACAGGGUCUCUCUAUCCGGUCUUCGAGGCUUUUAAGCAAAAGUACCUUUUUAAACCAAGAUCUUACCAGGUUUUUAACUGCUUGUUUUGAAGGGCCCCAGUCUGCUCCUAGAUUUCAAAAACAUUUUUUCUAACUGGGAGUAGUAGUGGGCAAGGUCAUUGAGACAUUCCAGAAGCUUUUAUACCAGGAAUAAAUGCCCCUUUCCGAUGGCCUGGGGGAUGUCAGGGGAGAGCUAAUUGCCUCUGUGCUUUGUUCUCCCCCAGAUAAGGGGCUUCCUUGUCCCAGAGGAGGCACAGGCUGGGGGUUUCUUGUCUUCCUGGUCCCAGCAAGUGAGUCAGCCCAGGGACUGCAGGACAGUGGAAGGCGUCCAUCUGCCCAUUGCCCGCCGCCCUGCAAAUCUAAGCUAGUCUCACUGUGAACCACUACAAACCUUAACUGGGAGUGUGGGGGGCUGGCCAGGCCUGGAACACCCUUGGGGUGCCCCUAGUCCAAUGCCCAGCUCUAGGCCCCUGGCCCUGCCUGGUCCCCAUCCCCCUCCCUCGGCUGGCACCCUGCCCUCUACCCACCCCACCAUUGCUGUUCCACACUUGGGAGACGCAUUCUCUUCCCUGUCAGGUAGAUGGGACAGAUGCAAAUCCCCGGGUCUGGCUUCACGGGGGUGUAAGGCGCUGGCAGAACCCCAUCAAUAAAGUGUACUACCUCUGA